CCAUACAUCAUCUUCUCAGUUUCAAAACAAAAGUUCAAAGCCAAAAGAAAUGGCAGAAAGUGUAGUUACCUUCUUGCUCGACAGGCUCACCUCCUUGAUUGAACAGGAGGUGAGGCUAUUCUCAGGGGUCCGAGCCCAGAUCGAGGAUAUAAUCGAUGAGUUGGAGCGCAUUAAGGCCUUCUUAAGAGUUGCUGAUGCAAAGGAAGAUGACGACCCUCAGCUCAAAGUGUGGGUCAAACAAGUCAGAGAUGUGGCUUAUGAGAUUGAAGAUGCGCUUGAUAAAUUCAGGCUGUCCCAUUCACAUGUUCAUAGGCAUGGAUUCCAUGCAUCCCUUCGUAAGCUUUCUCGCAUCAUCAAGAAAUUAAUAGCCCGGCGACAAAUUGCUGGUGAUAUCCAAACCAUCAAAUCAAAGAUCAGAAGCCUCUCCGAGGGACAUGUCAAAUACAAGCUUGAUGUUGACCCUGGCUCAAGCAAGGCUCGGAAGCCUUGGUUCCGUCAAGGCGAUGCCCUUUUGCUGGAAGAGGCUGAUCUGGUGGCAAUCGGUGAGCCCAAAAGGCAGCUGAUUGAGUUGCUUAUGGCGGGUGAAUCUGGACGCCAGGCAAUCUCGGUGGUUGGGAUGGGAGGACUGGGGAAAACGACCUUGGUAAAGCAAGUGUACGAGGAUGCAAGAGUUCAGAAACGUUUUAAGGUACAUGCUUGGAUCACUGUUUCUCAACCAUUCAAGAUAAAGCGGCUCCUAAGACACGUAGUUCAGAAAAUCUUCCAAGUUAUCAGGAAACCAGUCCCUGAAGAAGUUGAUAGUAUGAACACCGACCAGCUAAGAGAGAGAAUCAAAAAAUUACUGCAGCAGACCAGGUACCUGAUUGUUCUAGAUGACCUUUGGAACAACGAUGUGUGGGAUGCCAUCAAUCAUGCACUGCCCCACAACGGUAAUGGUAGUCGUGUAAUGAUCACUACCCGUAAUGCUGCUGUAGCCUCUGCCUCUAGCAUGGAAAACCACGGUAUGGUCUACCAUUUAGAGCCCUUGUCUCCAGAAGAGUCUUGGACUCUUUUCUGCAGGAAGACAUUUCCAGAAAACUCAUGUCCGCCCAACUUGGAGGGAAUUUGUCAAAGUAUCUUAAGGAAAUGCGGGGGACUGCCCCUUGCAAUUGUGGCAAUCAGUGCUGUUCUGGCUACAAAAGACAAGAGAAACAUAGAGGAAUGGGCUGCCGUUUCUGGAAGCAUUGGUGCUCAAAUUGAGGAAAAUGGCCAACUUGAUAACAUGAAAAAGUUGUUGUACCUCAGUUUCAGUGACUUACCAUACCAUCUCAAGUCUUGUUUCUUGUAUCUAAGUAUCUUUCCCGACCUCUAUCAAAUCGACCAUAUGAGAUUAAUUCGAUUAUGGAUGGCUGAAGGAUUUGUUAUUGAAAGGGAAGGAAAGACACCAGAAGAAGUUGCUGAGAGUUACCUGAAGGAGCUAUUGGACAGAAGUUUGAUCCAAGCAGCAGAAAUAGCAACUGACGGGAGGGUCAAAUCAUGCCGGAUCCAUGAUCUUUUACGGGAGAUUAUCAUCUCGAAGUCUAGAGAGCAAAACUUUGCAGCAAUAGAGAAAGAGCAAGGUACUAUGUGGCCGGACAAAGUUCGACGCCUGUCAAUUUUUAACACAUUGCAGAAUGUAAUACCAAAGAGGACCCCUUCUCAUCUACGCUCGCUGCUCAUUUUUGGGGUAGAAGAUUCACUUACUGAGUUUUCGAUACCAAAAUUGUUUCCUAAAGGUCUUCCGCUGCUUACGGUAUUAGACUUGCAAGGUGCACCUCUAGACAUGUUUCCAAGAGAGGUUGUCAACCUUCUUCUUCUCAGGUAUCUUAGUUUGAGGGAUACCAAGGUGAAACAAAUCCCAAGCUCCAUCAGGAAGCUUCAAAACCUAGAGACCCUGGAUCUUAAACAUUCUCUUGUUGUUGAGUUGCCUCCAGAAAUUUUGAAUCUCAAGCGCCUUCGCCAUCUCCUGGUGUAUCGGUAUGAAGUUGAAUCUUAUGCACGCUUUAAUUCCAGAUUUGGAGUUAAGGUUCCUGCAGGAAUAUGUGGCUUGCAGUCGCUCCAAAAGCUGUGUUUUAUUGAGGCAAAUCAUGACAAUGGUGCUUUAAUGGCUGAACUUGGCAGAAUGAAUCAACUGAGGAGGUUGGGCAUUUUCAAGUUGAGGACAGAAGAUGGGGUCACCGUGUGCUCAUCGGUUGAAAAGCUGACCAACCUUCGCUCGCUGUCUGUAUCUUCUGUGGAGAAGGAGAUGAUAAUUGAUCUGACACAAAUUUCUUGUCCUCCACAGUUCCUUCAGCGACUAUAUUUGACAGGGCGUUUAGAAAACUUACCGCACUGGAUUUCUUCUCUUCAUAACUUGGUGAGACUCUUUUUGAAAUGGAGUCGGCUAAAGGAGGAUCCUCUGGUACAUCUCCAAGGUUUGCCAAAUCUGGUACAUCUUGAACUGCUUCAGGUUUAUGAUGGAGAAUGCUUGCAUUUUAAGGAAGGAGGGUUUCCAAGUCUAAAGCUAUUAGGUAUCGACAAAUUAGAAGGAGUGGAAGAGAUUAUCAUAGAUGAGGGAGCAAUGCCCUGUCUAGAAAAGUUGAUAAUCCAGCGCUGCAACUUGUUGAAGAAGGUCCCAUCAGGCAUCGAGCAUUUAAAAAGUUUAAAAUUGCUAGAAUUUUUCGAUAUGCCAGAUGAAUUGAUCCAGUCACUACUUCCUGAUGGUGGAGAAGAUCAUGGGAAAGUUGCUCACAUUCAAGCAGUUUACUAUUCCUAUUGGAGAGGUGGGGGUUGGGAUGUGAAUUCAUUAGAGAUCAUUCAUCCAGCAACUUCUUCUGCCAUGAGGAGGCUUGAACCUAAUAUCCUAUGGAAAGCAUAGUUUAGGUUACUGCCUAUAAUUUAUUUAUUUGCUUUAUCAUUCCUGGAAGGAGAAUUCAACCUUGCGACCUCUUCCAACAUUGUGGACGAGAGAUAACACUAGAGCAAUAGCAAGUUGGUGGCUCUGGCCUAUGAUCAAUAAUUGUAAAGAAAUCUAUCAUGAAUUCAUGAUUGAGCUUCUACUACUGCUUGUAACUUUAAUAAUUCAUGAAUUC